AUGGAUCUCUCCAAUAUUAACAUUAUCAGGCGGGUUACGUGCUCUGAUUCGUCUGCAAUAUUCGGGGUAGAUCUACAAGGACAAAAGUAUGCAUUAAAGGUUUUCCACGACAACGGUCACCCUGAAUAUACCGAAAAAGGUCGUGAUUUGAGCAGAUUUCGCUGCGAGUUGAAUGCUUAUAAGAAGCUCUGCACCUCUGGUGUCUGUGCACGUGGUUUCGUGCCACAAUUCUACGGCUACAUCAAUCGAAUGAAUCCCGCAGCAUUCCAUCCUGCUUUACAAUCUUUCGCCCGAGACAAGCUAAGGCCGAGAGCAAUAUUGCUAGAAUAUUUCCCGAAUACAGAGAGUCUGAACUGCGCCAUUGAGGGCAUGCAUGAGAUACACAAGGCGGGUAUCAACCAUCAAGACAUCUACCCAAAAAACCUUCCCCUGGUCCAUGGUAACCCCGACAGGCUGGUCUGGAUUGACUUUGAUGUUGCAACGAACUUCACCGACUUUGGCCCUGAACAGCUGGCCCGCUGUGACUACGGAAUUGCGCUUGUGAAGGGAUUCGCGGAAGCUCUAAGAGAUGACCAGGCUGCGGGACGCCCGCCGAAUAAAAGAUUUUACUAA